GGCUGAUGCUUCCGGAGGAUGCUGAGGCGGAGCUGAGCGGGCCCCGCGGAGCUGCCCAAGACAGCGGGGACCAUGGAGCAGCUGCCAGCUCUGAGCCCCAUCCUCUGCAUUGUCCUCCUCAUCCCCACCUGGGCAGCAGCUGUCGCAGAAAUUCCAGCCGGUUGCAAGAGAGUGCAGAUCCCAAAUGUUGGAGCGUCUGCCCAGAAACCAGCUGGUCUGGGAGUUUCCCAGGAGCCCAGGUCCCUCCAUAUGACAGCCGGGGAGAACAUGACCCUGAGCUGCACCUUUCAGACCAGAGACAGCAAGAGAACCAAGGUGCUUUGGCUCAGGGGAUCCGGAGAGGGUCUGGAGCUGGAUUCUAACCACCCCUUCUACCGGGGGCGGCUCCGUGUGUCCAGUCUGGAUGAGCACACACAGGGGAAGGCGACGCUGACCCUGGCUGAGCUGCAGGAGCGGGACUCUGGCCUCUAUCAGUGCUGCAUCGAACUCGACCGUGGGAAGACAGGGAUGGGAGGAGGCACCGAGCUGAGAGUGAUGCGGAGAAACCAGAGUGCGACUGGGGCUGCAGGGGAACGUGAGCUCUGUCGAGUCUUUGGGCCCCUCUUUUACCGAGCCAUCAUCUGCCUGUCGCUCGUCGUUCUCUUCUCCUUGGGAAUCGUCCUCAGCCUGCGGCCUUGGAACGCUGUCCCCGUGGAUCCCGCGGUGGGUGCUGGCUCCAAGCCGCCCCCGGCACCGGGGCAGGUGUCUCUGAUUUAGCCACUCAGGGGGCCAGUCACCGGCCGGAUUUUCCCAGCUCCGGGUUCAGAAGCCGUCAGACUUCGCUGGACUCUGAGCCACCUGCCGGGGGCUCCUGCGGGGCCGGGGCUUCUCCGCUCUCCUCUGCUUCUGUCUGUGGGUCUGACCUCUACAUCUUGGGUGUGAGAAGAACAGUAAAGAAAAGGAAAUAUUUCUCCAGAUUCAUUCUGUGUGGGACAAUAUUUUUCCUUUUACGAAUGUAAAUUACACGCUGUAAUGGAGUCAGCCGCCAGAGAAAACCGAAUUCUAGAGAAAAGGUACCUGGUUUAUACAGGAAAAACCGGUCUGGAGCAGGCUUGAUUUGUCAGAAGGAAUUUGCCGAUUCAAAGAGACACGUGUUGCAAAAAAUAGAUAUAUUUCAAUGUGUGGAAAUAAAAUCCAUUACG